UGAGCGGUAUCGGAGAUUGAAUGAAUUAGUCGGUUUUUGCUGGGACAAGCUAUUACUGCUUCUUGUGCAAGUUAAAGAUUGCUGUUGGCGAUUUGUGGAAUUAAAUUCAUCACGCGGCGAGUAUAGUACUAUUUCGUUUUAUUAUCGAACUCGAUUGAUAACACGAAUCUCCGCUCGUAAAAGCUCGAUAAAAAUAAUUGCCGUACGCGCAAAAUCCAUUGUGCUUUAUAGAGUUAGAUACACUUUGACGGCGAUCCUAUAUACUCACGGUUCUAUUGCUCUAUUCUAGAAAACUCUUUAAAAUGUUCAAGACGCGAAGUAUUACUUUCAUUGAAUUGAUCCUAGUGUUCAUUGUUUUUGCAUCGAGCGUCGAUGCUCGCCGAAUUCGACCCCCGUUUUGCGAUUGUGAAUUUAUUCGCGAAUGGAAUCCACUCUGUGGUACCAAUGGACGCACGUACGGAGGCCCAAAUUUUUUAGCUUGUAAAAAUGCAUGCGAGCGUACUGAGGUCCAGAUUUGGUACUGGGGCCCGUGUAAUGGAGACGAUCGAUUUACAUAAAAAUUACUAUUUUCUUUUAAUUGUUAAAUGUUGUACACUUGAUGAAUAAUAAAAAAAUGAAUCCAAUCGCCGCUAUAUUCGAAUGUUCCAGUAUAAAUGAUUUGAUAAAAGUUAUAGCUACACAUAAAAUGCAGCGCAUGAAAUUGGCGAUUUCGAAAUCCUGUACCUAGUUUCGUUACACUUUUACUCCUGGAAGAUCGAACGCUUGGUACCUGCCUCAACUAUUCUCUGCAUUACUUAAAAUGCGAAAAAUUAUUUCGAUUUCAG